AUGCCUGAUCGCGAACGUACAUUUGUUAGUGUAGGAGGCCAGCGCAGAAGUGAAGAGAGAAUCGGACAUGGAAGCCGACAUCAACAUGAUCUAGCUGUCACGUCCUCUAAUCUACAGGGAAAUGAAGACACUGUGCAAGCGGUUGCUCACGGGCAAAUGGCGAUCGCCAUCACCACAAGCUUUGUCGAAGUCAACGCUGACGAUAACGCAAAGGAAGACUAUCUCUCAGCAACCAAGAGUAUCAGCGUUGAUAGCACUCUUCAGUAUUUCAAGGAUGCACAAGAGAAAAUCGACAAAGAGGCACCCGAAGCAGGUUCGGGGGAACCUGGGCCGGACGAAGAAUCUUGA